CAAACUACAACACGGCUUCAGUUUCAAAAAAAUAACAUAAAGUAAAGAAAAAAUAACCAACAUUUCUUCUCGAAUUACAGCUAAACGCACCUUAGCAUCGAUGCAGGACGCCCAUCAUUGCUUUAUUGGACUAUAACGUCAUUAUCUCAAGCUUCGGGGCCUACUUUAGCUUACUUAGCUUAGCUUACUUGGCCUAGCUUGCUAGCCGCUGCCUCGCAAAACAGAGAUCAAGUGUGAACGUAAAGUGUUGUCAUUUUCCCGAAAAAUGUGCACAAGAGGAAAAGCGGAGCACGAGGAGCAACCUUGUGGGACAAAAGAGGACAGCGAGGCUGUUUUCAACAAGUCCCGAUCUCGAUUUGGCUCACGCGGAGCAGACAUCACCGAAGAUGUUUGUCCUGAGCAGCUGGAUGCAGAGCCUUCUCGCAUUAAAGAGGAGCAGGAGAAAAAAGAGGUCUCCCACUUGAAAGAGGAAGAGGAGCAGCAGGCCCAUUGUAUUAAAGAGGAGGAGCAAGAGCACCCUUGCAUGAAAGCGGAGGUGGAUGAGCCCCCUGACGUCAAAGAAGAGGAGGAGGAGAUUAUCAGCAAGAUGCCAUUUACUGGCGUCCCUCUGAAAAGUAUAAAUGAUGCGGACAGAGAGGCUCCAAGCAGCAGCUCAUGUCAACACAUGACAACAAAAGGUGUUGGAAACCCCCAGGAAGAAUCAAAAGCAGAUGGCCUCUUAGCUCCACUAUCAGAGAGUGACAAUACAUCGUCAAAUACAGAUGAGGAGGAGGAGGAGGAGGAGGAGGAUGAGUCUGAAGAUGAUCUGACAUGUAACACAGACAAGAAACCCUGGAAAUGUUCUCACUGUGGGAAAAUGUAUGCUUAUAAAAGUCUUUUGGAAUUACACACCAGAACACACACUGGUGAGAAACCGUUCACCUGUUCAGACUGUGGCCAGAAAUUCUCUUUUAAGCGAACCUUAACAGCUCACAUAAGAACCCACACUGGUGAGAAACCCUUUUCCUGCUUAGUUUGUGGCCAAAGAUUCCGUUGGAGGGGAUGCUUAAAAAAGCACGUAAGGACACACACUGGUGAGAAACCUUUUGCCUGCUCAGAUUGUGGCAAAAUAUUCUCUGUGAAGGCAAACUUAAAGAAGCACGUAAGAACCCACACUGGUGAGAAACCUUUUACCUGCUUAGUUUGUGGCCAAACAUUCUCUUGGAAGGAAAGCUUAAAAAUUCACACAAAUACCCACACUGGUGAGAAACCAUUCACUUGUUCAGACUGUGGCCGGAAAUUCUCUUGUAAGGGAACCUUAACAGAUCACAUUAGAACCCACACUGGUGAGAAACCCUUUUCCUGCUUAGUUUGUGGCCAAGUAUUCCGUUGGAGGGAAAGCUUGAAAAGGCACACAAGAACCCACACUGGUGAGAAACCUUUUGCCUGCUCAGUUUGUGGCAAAAUAUUCUCUCAGAAGAAAACCUUAAUAAAUCACACAAGAACCCACACUGGUGAGAAACCUUAUGCCUGUUCAAUUUGCGGCCAAAGAUUCUCUCAGAAGGGAGACUUACCAAAGCACACAAGAACCCACACUGGUGAGAAACCGUUUGUGUGCUCAGUUUGUGGCCAAAGAUUCUCUCGAAAGGGAACCUUAAAAAUACACACAAGAACCCACACUUGUGAGAAACCUUUUGCCUGCUGAGUUUGUGGCCAAAGAUUCUUGUGGGAGCAGAUUAAGAAUCACAAGUAUGUUGAUAAGAUGAACAGUUAUCAAUUAAAUUUUCAGCUUUCAUCUGUGCAGGCUUCAUGAUUUCAUGCACCAAGGCUGAUUGUAAGUCCCUUUUUAUCGGGAUGCUGAACUUUUCUUUCCCUUGGCUGCAUUGAAAAUUUUUGUUAUUGUAUCUAAUUAGAAAAUCGAACAUUUUCGUCAGGGCUAUAAUAAUUUUGGAUUC